AUGUGUGUUGGCACUAGCCGCUACAAUGUGAUAUUGAAUAUCCUUGCUCCAAGAUUGAAUAGACAGAACUCUAUGUUUAGAGAUUGCUUGCCCCCAAGUAAAGUAUUAGCUAUUGGACUCUAUCGGCUUGCACACGGGAAUUCGUACGUUAGUAUUGCUCCAGCAUUUUGUGUCGGACGGACAACGGUUAUUGAAGCAGUACAAGACGUAGUAAACGCUCUAUAUGAUAUAAGGAACGACUACAUUAAAUUUCCAGAGACUCCAGCGGAAGUCCAAGCAUCGAUAGAAACAUUUAAUGGGCUCGGUAGUUUGCCAAAUGUUGUUGGCGCGAUUGAUGGUUCGCAUAUACCAAUAAGAGCYCCARAGGAAAGUGCAGCUGAUUAUUUCAGUAGAUAUCAACAAUACGACUUUAUCAUACAAGCCAUUGUAAACGGCAAAAGAUUGUUUAUUGAUUUUGCUUGUGGUUUUCCGGGAAGCAUGCACGAUUCACGCGUAUGUAGAUGCAGUGAUGUAUACAGAAAUGCAGAACAGCGAACUAUACUCACUGAGCCUGUUGUGAAUAUAAACGGGGAUGAAAUUGGCCCAUAUUUAGUUGGAGACAGUGCCUAUACAUUAUGUCCGUGGCUAAUUAAACCUUACCCUGAGGGAACAAGAGAUCCUGACGAGAUAUUGUUUAAUAAAAACUUGUCCUCAGCUCGAGUACAAGUGGAGUGYGCGUUUGGCAUUUUGAAAGGCCGCUGGAGAAUUCUACAAAAGCGUUUUGACAGCAAGAUCAACUUUGCAAUCAAAUGUGCUGUCGCCUGCGCUGUUUUACAUAACAUUUGCCUUCAAAACGGCGAUGACUGGGAUGACGAAUAUGAGGAUGCUAAUGYCCAGCAAAACCCCGGAGCAAAUGUGUUACGAGAUGGAGACGAUAUAAGAGACAAACUAAAGGACUACAUCGCUCAAUUGUAACUGUGUUUAAUAAACUUAUAAUCAUUAUGGGUACUAGAACUAUUCUCAUUUUGUUUGAUAAUUUCAAUCACAAAUGCCAUCUUUUUACGAAAAUUACACGUUGAAUUGUAAUCAUAAAGAUAAAUUCUMAAAUCAUCUUAAAUGGACGCAUGCACAUAUUAAAUUUUAAAUGGAUUCAAUCAUAUCCAAACCUUUUAUCUAAAAUUGUUAUAAAGGUCAUGACAAAGUUAUUUCUUAAUUAAU